AUGACUAUCGCGCCAAUAGCAGUUGGCGAAUCAAUCAGCAACAAAACUGGAGUUUAUACACUCACCAAGCAGCUCCGGAAAUGCGUUUGGCUUGCGAGACAGAAUCAAGACAAGGUCAUUUUCAAGAGUGUUCGACACUUUCGCCUCCAAAAUGAGCUCGAGGUCCUGCUGCGUUUCCAGUCAAAGACCCCAUACAUACGACCGCUCCUCGAAGAGAUCGAAGAAUCUCCUGCCAUCAAAGAGGCUUCCAGACCAGAGGUGAAGUUUGUGGCGAGGCGUGUGCUGGAAGCUAUGGACGUCUUGCAUAGCGAGGCUUUCGUCCACACAGAUAUCAAGCCAAGUAAUGUGCUUGUCAACUAUGGCGCAGAUGAGAAAAUACGCUUUACGGAUAUCCAACUGUGCGACUUCGGGAGCACUGUACCGGAGGAAUCCCAAUACGCUUUGAACGGGGACCCCAUCGGAACGCCAAUCUUUCGCAGCCCUGAGGCCCAUAUCCAGAUAAGAUGGGGAAAGUCAACAGAUAUCUGGGCAUUCGGCGCCACGCUGGUCAGUCUCAUGUACGGUGAGAAUUUUCACUUGUUCAAGCCUGAUGUCCCAGUUGAUCACGACGAAUACGCCAUCAAGAUUCUUAGGAAACAUCAUCAGUGCUUCGGGCCGUCUCCCGUAUCAUAUGAACAGAUCGCAGACGAGGAGCGGCUGGGUGUGCUCGCAUGGAUCAUGAACACCACGCCUAGGGAGACUCUGAAGCCUUUUCGCUUUACCACAGAGAGGGAGAUAUGUAACGAGGACAAAGACUUUGUUUGCAAGAUCAUGCAAUUAAAUCCGAGGGACAGACCGACAGCCGGGGAGCUUCUCAAAGAUGAGUGGUUCUGUGGGGAGUGA